AUGUGUCUGGGAAAGAUGGCGCUCAGCAUCCGAGGCCGUCCUAUCCGAAGUAUACGGAUGCGAGGCCGAAAUGACAGUGGGGAGGAGAAUGUACCACUCGAUCUCACGAGAGACCCAUCCGAGAAUAUGCGAGAGAUCCUCCAGAAUGUGGCCAAACAGCAGGGAGUCUCGAACAUGCGUAAACUAGGCCACCUGAACAACUUCAUCAAGUUGCUCUGCAAUGUUGGGCACUCAGAGGAGAAGUUUGGCUUUACCUUUGAAGAAAUUAUCAUUUGCCUCAGGUUGGCGCUCCUCAAUGAGGCUAAGGAGGUGCGGGCGGCUGGCCUGCGUGCUCUCCGCUACCUCAUCAGAGACAGCAGUAUACUGCAGAAAGUUCUGCGGCUCCAGGUGGAUUACCUGAUUGCCAGAUGCAUUGACAUCCAGCAGAGUAAUGAGGUGGAACGCACACAAGCUCUCCGACUGGUGAGAAAGAUGAUCACUGUGAACGCCCUGCUCUUCCCAAGCUCAGUCACAAACUCCCUCAUGGCUGUGGGCAACGACGGUCUGCAGGAACGGGACCGUAUGGUUCGUGCCUGCAUCGCCAUUAUUUGUGAACUUGCACUAGAGAACCCUGAGAUUGUGGCGAAGAGGGGUGGUCUCAGCACCAUCUUGAAGAAUGUAAUUGACUGUCAGCUCAGUCGCAUCAAUGAGGCUCUGAUGACCACCAUCCUGCACCUGCUCAACCACCCACACACACGGCAAUACGUUCGGUCAGAGGUGGAACUCGAGCAAAUCCUGGCACCUUACACAGACUUUCACUACAGACACAACGCAGACACAGCAGAGGGUCAACUUAAGGAAGACAGGGAGGCUCGAUUUCUGGCCAGUAAGAUGUCAAUUGUUGCUUCUUUUCGCUCCUGGUCAGGCAUCAUUAAUCUCUGCAAGACAGGCAACUCUGGAAUCCAGUCUCUCACUGGUCUGCUGUGUAUACCAAAUAUGGAAGUGAGGCAAGGUCUGCUGGAGGUGAUGUAUGAUAUAUUCAGGCUUCCUGUUCCUGUGGUGACACAAGAUUUUAUAGAAGCUCUUCUCAGUGUGGAUCCCAGUAGGUUUCAGGACAAUUGGAGACUGUCAGAUGGUUUUGUAGCCUCCGAAGCAAAAAUUAUACUUCCCCAUAGAGCACGGUCAAGGCCUGAUUUAAUGGAUAACUAUCUCGCCUUGCUACUUUCUGCGUUCAUUCACAGUGGACUUUUGGAGGGUCUGGUUGAAGUGAUCACCAGCAGUGAUGAUAACAUUUCAGUUUGCGCAACCAUCCUUUUGGGAGAACUCUUGCAUAUGGCCAACACCAUUCUCCCUCAUUCCCACAGUCACCACCUGCACUGCCUACCCACUCUUAUGAACAUGGCUGCUUCUUUUGAUAUUCCUCAGGAGAAAAGACUACGGGCAAGCGCUGCAGUGAAUUACUUGAAACGAUUCCAUGAGCAGAAGAAACAAGGCCCCAAACCUAACAGUCUUUACUUGGACCACAUUAUUCGCAAAUCACUGGCUGCUAAUUACUGUCGGGACCAGCAUUUCAGACCCCAAAGAGACAUUUUUGUCAUUAAAGACACUGAGGAUGCCCUAAUGAUGAUCCUCAGAGACAGCCAAAUUCUCAAUCAUAAACAGAAUUUGGACUGGAACUGGGUCCUGAUCAUUACCAUACUGAAGUGGCCCAGUGUCAACCUUCGGAACAACAAAGAUGAACAAAUGCACAAAUUUGUGCGAAGGCUGCUGUUCUUCUACAAGCCUAGCAGUAAACUGUAUGCCAGCCUGGAGCUGGACCAUAGCAAGGCAAAACAGCUAACAGUGGUGGGCUGUCAGUUCAUUGAAUUCCUUCUAGAAUCAGAUGAGGAUGGGCAGGCGUAUCUUGAAGACUUAGUGAAGGACAUUGUGCAGUGGCUAGCCUCGUCCUCUGGGCUCAAACCAGACCGUAGUCUCCAGAGCAAUGGCCUCCUUACCACCCUCAGCCAGCACUACUUCCUCUUCCUGGGCACUCUUUCAGCACACCCACAUGGUGUAAAGAUGCUUGAGAAGUGCAGUGUCUUCCAAUGCCUGCUGAACCUGUGCUCCCUGAAGAAUCAGGACCAUCUUCUAAAGCUAAUUGUUUCCACACUGGACUACAGCCGUGAUGGCUUAGCACGAGUUAUUCUCUCAAAGAUCCUCACUGCUGCCACUGAUAACUCCAGACUGUAUGCCACCAAGCAUCUGCGGGUGCUUCUCCGAGCUGAUGUGGAGUUCUUCAGCAACUGGGGUAUUGAACUGCUGGUGACUCAGCUACACGACUGCAACAAGGCUGUCUCAUUGGAGGCUUUGGACAUACUGGAUGAGGCCUGUGAAGAUGAGGCAAAUCUUCAUGCUCUGAUUCAGAUGAAGCCAGCACUAACUCACCUGGGAGACAAGGGUGUGGUUUUGCUGCUACGGUUCUUGUCCAUUCCAAAGGGAUUCUCUUAUCUAAAUGAGAGGGGAUAUGUCACUAAACAACUCGAAAAGUGGCAGAAGGAGUACAACCUCAAGUAUGUGGACCUCCUAGAGGAACAGUUGAAUGAAGCUCUCACUACUUACCGUAAACCAGUGGAUGGAGAUAACUAUGUGCGACGGAGCAACCAAAGGUUACAAAGGCCAAAUGUUUUUCUUCCUGUGCAUUUGUAUGGACAACUUGUACAUGAUAAGACAGGCUGUCAUUUACUGGAAGCUCAGAAUGUGGUUCCUGAUUUGAGCUACACAGUGCGCUGCCCAGUGCUAGACAAAUGGGAGGGCAUCAAACAACUUAAGGCUUCACUUUGGGCCCUGGGAAACAUUGGCACUUCGAACUGGGGAUUGAACCUCCUCCAGGAGGAGAAUGUGAUUCCAGACAUUGUCGCACUUGCUCAUGACUGUGAGGUUCUGUCUAUUAGAGGGACGUGUCUUUAUGUUCUGGGACUCAUUUCGAAAACGAAGCAGGGUUGUGAAUUGCUAAAACUGAAUGGCUGGGAUGCAGUCAGGCACAAUCGCAGACAGCUUUGGCCUGUAGUGCCAGAUGAGGUGGAGCAGCAGCAGAACCAACAGCAACUGCAGCAGCAACAACAGCAACAGCAGCCCCUCAUCCAGCUGUCCUCAGCUCCCAGCACCCUCAGCCUGAACUCUGAGUCCACCAACUCAAGACACAACAGCGAGAGUGACUCCACUCAGCCAAGCAUGUACAUCCUGAAUGAUGAUAAGUUGCAAAACACUGAGCUCUCUGAGGACCAGCCACUGUACUUCAGGCCCAAACUUCUAAAGGACCGCAGCCCAUUUACCAUCCUGGCCUCCAGCCGCUUGGUCCGUAACCGCUUCCUGAUCUCGCUCUCCGGAAAGAAACUCCGCAGCACCAGUGACCCCAAAGGCACUGGCAGCAGCAGUAACUUCCAUGGCGAGCCCACAUUAGGAGGCAUCAGGAGGGUUCGCACUGUCACUGAGCCCUCUAUAUCCUUUCUUGGCCAGGCAGAUGUCUUCAGUCCUGUAUUUACUGAUGGACAUCUGCCAAAAAGCCCAAGCGUAAGUCUGGAGUCCUCUUUCGUGGGCAGCAAGACUUCGGAAACCCAGGGCAGCACAUCCAGCAUUGGAGAGCCAGAUGUACGUCUACAGAGAGCUGUGAAUCAGGUUGGAGAUGCCUACCGAGAGCAUACUAGUCAAGAAAGGUUGGCCGGUGAUGGCACCACUUCUGGGGGCGGGAGUCAAUUUAAAAGCCGCAGCCAAAGUUUCAACACAGAUACAACCACCAGCGGCAUCAGCUCCAUGAGUUCCAGUCCAUCUCGAGAGACAAUGGGUGGUGUGGACUCUUCUACCAUCGACACGGACUGUGUUAGCCUCAAUACGGUCAUUAGCACUCAAACUAUCAAAACUCUUCACACUUUCACACCCCAAUCCAACCACCUGCCCCUGUCCAAAUCUAACUCUGUGCUCUUGAUGCCCCCUGGCUCCUCUCACACACUGCCCCGAAGGGCUCAGUCCCUUAAAUCCCCAUCUGUCACAACCAUCUCAAGCCUCACAGACUGCAGCUUUAUGUACACAAGCCAACGGGACGCACUGGGCUACGCUACCCUCAAACGGCUGCAACAGCAGCGCAUCCACCCCUCUCUCUCCCAUAGCGAGGCACUUGCCUCUCCAGCCAAAGAUGUUCUCUUCACUGAUGCCAUCACCAUGAAAACUGGGAGCCUGGACUCCAGACUCACGCCACGCAGGUUUCUCAAGGCUCUGAGUUUUGCUUCUUUGGAUAAAGAGGAUCUUCUUAGCCCCAUCAGUCAAACCUCCCUACAGCGCUCUUCUUCAGUACGUUCCAUGGUGUCCAUUGCCACAUAUGGCAACUCUGAUGACUACAUUGGCAUUGCUUUGCCAAUGGACAUCAACAGCAUGUUCCAGAUUAAAGACAUACCAUACUUCCAGAAGAGAACAAGCCCACCAUCUGAAGACCGAUCUGCAAAGUUCUUCUCUGGAGAUGCUGAUGGUUCCAGUGAAGGCUCCAGGCAUUCUGUUUUAAGGUCUCAGCUGAGUAUUACAGAACUGAUUGCAGUGAGUCGAACAGACCAGCAGCAGCUGCUGGGCUCAGAGGAGACCGGCCUGCAGGAGCACAGCGAUGAGAACUGUCUUUACUGUGCAGGGUUAUAUGUGCUCGGUUGCAAUUCAAACACCUUCACUCAAAGCCGCCCAGACUUUCCUGAAGCUCCAUACUCAGAAUGGUGCAAUCAGACCAUACACAACCUGGAAGUCAUGACCCAGUCCAAGUUCUCAGGAGUGUCUGGCUGCAGUGACGCUGUCUCACAGGGUUCUGGUGGCAGCACACGCAGCACUGAGCUAGUUCUUGGGGUGAAAAACAUUCCAGAGGAUGCUCCAGCUUGCCGGGUUGUCCUGAGGAAGGAAGUGAUUCGGCUGGUCAUUAACCUUAGCUCCUCAGUUGGGACUAAAGGGAAUGAAACUGGACUACUCACAAUCAAGGAAAAGUUUCCCUAUGCAUUUGAUGACAUCUGUCUGUAUUCUGAAGUUUCUUACAUGCUGGCUCAUUGCAUGUUCAGACUGGCCUCACGACGCUUCAUUCAGGAACUCUUCCAAGAUGUUCAGUUCACUCCGAUGUACGAGGAGGCCGAGAGCAUUCUGUCAAUGCCUAAAACGUUUACCCCACUAGAUCCUCCAUCAGAGUCGUGAACUUCUGGAUGUUUUUCAGAAUAUUUUCUUCUCAUAAUACACCAAGCUACCAAUCCAUUACCCUGGCCUGGCCGUGCAUUUAAGAUGAUUACGAAAUAAGAGUCUAGGGCUAUGGGACUGACAUGGGUGGAUGAAUGGAGGAAGAGCAGUACGUUUUAAGAACAAACUCUUCACAUCUGAACAAAUACAGUCUACUUAGAUGCUCUGUAGCCAUCUACAGUGAAUGCUGUAACCAAAUAAUCCUUUUGACUGACAGUUAUGAACUGUAGAGCAUUGAGUGGAAAGUGAAACAUGCAAAUGAUUGGACUUCAUUACAGUGAAAAUUAAAUGAGUCAGUGCAAAUGGUAUUUCUAGGAAGUUUAUUAAACUUCUUAGGUCAGUUCUGUUCGUGUGUGUUCUGUUUUAAGGCCCAUGUAUCUGGUUGCAUGUAAGAAAAUUCCCCCCCUGAUGUAGGAUUAUUCAACACUACAGCAUUCCAGUUUGUUUCCCUUCCAGAUGGUAUUCUCUGUUAUUAAUUCUGGUUGUUCAAGGAAUAUGAAGUGGCUAUUGCAACAAAAAUGAGAAAGCACUUCGCUUAAGUGCUGAUGUGAUUGCAAUAUAAGACAAUCAUCACUAAGUAAUAAUCAUGAGCAACUGCACAUUUUUAUUUAUUUUUUGGAACUGACACAAAAAUUAGGUCUUUUCUGCUUUUUCAAAUCAAUUCUUGUCACAGGGCCUCUUUAAUGAAACAGUGAAGAAGAAAGUAUUUGUGUGUAAACCACCCUUAAAAUUUCUCAUGUCACAAUAAUUACAAAACGACAAUUUACGAAAUUGGUUUUAAAAACGGAUUUCACAAAUGCAGUCUGUUCAUGUUUCAUAAAUGAGGCACAUACUGUACAUUUCAAGAUGUCAACAUCCAGCUAAAUGUAUUCAAAUGUACUUGGAGGUGCAAAUACACAAUAGUACAAUAUAGCUAGCUAUUAAAUGAUCUCACAGUAAUCAUACAAAAAAAAAAUCUCACAUUUAAACCAAUAGUAAACAAGGUAUUUAUUUAUUUAUUUUCUUAUUUAUUGUUUGGUCCAAGGAGCUCCUAGAUCCCUUUUACUUAAUUUCCAGCUCAUUAGCCAGGGUUAAACUGGCUGUACAUUAUUUAUGUCUGACAGUCAACGUACAGUACAUUGUCACCUUUAAAGUUCAUGACAAUGAUCUAAGGCUUCUAAAAAGGAAAUUUUAAUGGAUUUCAUCAUUGCUAUUUAGCAGCUUUACUUUGCUCCGUUUCAGGUAUUAGUUAUGCCUAAUCAAAUGGAUUGUAACUAACCAAGUUAUCCAUACUGUAGGAAUAUUGCUUUCAGAGUCUACUCUUUAACAUUAGAGAAGCAUUAAUAAAACCUAUGAACCAACAUAUUUCACAAUGUUUAUAUUAUGCCAGAAAUUAUGUUUUUAAAUGUAAUUGAUCAGUCAAUAAUAAGUCAUUAAUGAUCGUCUUGUUUUUACUUUUGAAUGUGGUUUGUGGAUUUUGAGCAGGAAAAUCAAGAGAAUUAAGGUUAAACUGACAAUGUAUAGCUAAUUAUCAUAUGUUAGUGAUCAUUUGUUCUACAAUGACUGAUCCACAAACCGUUGAUUUAAAAUAAAAUGUUCUGCUUAUAAAUUUGACUUGCAAGCAGUCAACAAUUAACUACUAAGGUUUAUCAUGUUCAAAAUUUAUAUGGGUAGUUGUCAGAAUUGCACAUAGCCAUUCUGAGCUGCAUUUCCCAAAAGCAUUGUAAGCCUAAGUAGAUCGUAGAACCAAUUGUCGCCAAAUGCAGCCCUGGUCUGAUGAGUUCUCAAAAUAUAUUUUUAAUCUAAGUUGUUAAAAUUGCAUAAAAACACUUAAAAAUAUAUUUAGAUCCCCAUCUGAAUUAUCUCUAUGCAAUGUGCCUGUUUAUUCUAUAAACAUAAUUUAUGACCAAUUUGUUUUCAUGUUGGCUGGACCAUUUAUUUAGGCUAUUUAGGAAGCUUUCAUUAUUUUGCCUUAUUUUUAUUAGCUUUAAUCCUACUAGAAUUAAUGAAAUUGUCCUUUUUUUUUAAUUAUUUUUUUUAAUUUAUUAUAGAAACUAAUAAAUCUGCCUUUGCCUGCCUUUUGAAUUAAGCAUCAGGUUUAAACAUACAUUACCUUUGUAUUGUGAAAAACUAACUUAUGAGUCUGAUAUGGCCAGCAAUAAUAAUAAUAAUAGUUUUUAUUGUACUAAUUCUUAAAGGCUUCUGGCACAACUUUUAAGUGCAUGUUUAUUCUUACCCCUCAUCUACAAAACAGUGGGUCAAAUAGAAGGUUUUGAGAAGACGUGAGCAGUCCAAAUGAUACAGAUUAAAUAUGGAGCUGUUCUAGGGCUUAUAUGUUGCUGCUUAAAUUAAAGAUUAAGUUUUGUAUUAGGCUAUACUGGAUGGUGAAAUAGUUUUGGCAUUAAGCGAAUUAUAAAAGAUUAUUCUUUAACUAAAUAAAUAUGUUUUCUGGAACCUCCCCUUAAUAUUUUCUAAAAUGUUCUUAGAUAAACAAUUUAAGCAUGAAAAACAUGUUUCUUAAAGCUCUCAAGUCAUUACUGUCAGAGAGUGUGUGGUGAAAUAUUUCCAGAAUGCCACAUAGUUCUUUAGGAGGAUUUCCCCAGUGUUAAAUUAUGUUAUGUUCUUGCUUCCUUUUUAUACCACUGGGGGUUAUGUGCACCCCUGAAUGUGACCUACACCCAUUGUUGUAUUGUUUUUGUAAUGCUGGUAAUAAAUGUGCUGGUGUUUAAAAAUCUUAAAGGGAAAUUCUUUUCAAUUCUCUAAAUGAAAAUUCUCUCAUUGUUUACUCACCCUCAUGCCAUCCCAGAUGUGUAUGACUUUCUGUCUUCUGCAGAACAUAAACAAAGAUUUUUAGAGGAACAUCUCAACUCUGAUGGUCCAUAGAAUGCAAGUGAAUGGUGACCAGACCUUUCAAGCUCCAAAAAUCAUAUAAAGGCACCAUAAUAGUAGCCCAUAUGACUUCUAUCUAUGUCUAUUAAAUGUCUAUCUAUGUCUGUAAAUCUAUAAAUUAUUCUGAAAGUGAACGUGGAGAUUUACAGAAACAACAUAUUUAAAUAUUGAUCUGUUUUUCACCCAAAUUGAAUGCAUCGCUUCAGAAAACAUAACCAACUGGAGUCAUAUGGAUUACAUUUAUGCUGCCUUUAUGUGAUUAUUGGAGCUUCAAAGUUCUGAGUAAAUGAAGAAAGAAUUAAACUUUUUGGAUGAACUGUCCCUUUAAGCAACAUUUACAAAAGUGGCAAUUAUUACAAAGUACUAAAGAGUUGUAUUUGUGGACCAAGUUCCAAAAAUGGGGGGUUGUCAUUGCAUGACCAUUAAUGCUAAAACAAAUGAAUGCGUUUUAAAUGUACAUUUGUUCAUUGUAAAACUAAAACAAAUGCCACCUUUCAGUGAUUUUCUUUUUCAUUGUUAAUGCACUCAUGAUUUUGCAGUGCGCUGUAUGAAAUUUCAGCACCAUUUAAUAUUGAAAUUGCAGUUGCAAGAAGUGUUAUUUAUAUUUUUCCUGCAGGGGAAAAGAUGUAAAACUGUUGAACAUACUUCUGAUGUUUUCUUAAUUAUGAGCUUUCUUGUAUAAUUUAAUGUUUUUGGGGGGCAUUAGCUAUGAGCCUUGAGAAACAAUCUAAUGAAAGUGGUGCAUCCUUAUUCAAAAUAAACCUUAA